AACCAGAGUACCCCAGGCUAACGCUGCGCUGUUCCCUCAAAGUAGCACUUCAAACGCGCCUUGUAUUCAUGUAUUCAUCGAAGAAAAUGGCAAAGGCUGACUGAGCAGCGAACCGUAGCUCUAAGAGUCACUGUUUUGAGUUUGUAUACUUUAUAGGUAUUAUACUGCGCAGCUACAUUUUGGUUUCUUUGUCCGACAUGUGUCAACUUUAAAAUAUUAGAAGAUAUAAUAAUAACAUAUGUGCGGGGAAUUUAUAGUGUAUUUGACGCGUUUUUUUUUUUUUUUGUAACGUGUACAUCAACGUUUUAUUUUUGAAAUCCCGACCGGAAGCGGCUCGGGCAUCACGUCAAAAUUGGCGGUAGAUGCGGGCAGCGACUUCCACACUGCAGCCGGCGCGUGUGGAACCGUGUCUCUCCUGCCUCCUGGCCGAACCGCCUCUGGAAAACCCCAUUCCGCGACCUUUCGCGCCCACGUUGACACCGGACGCUGGUGAAGGCUCCCGGAAGCGACGCCCGGUCUCGGAUCUCGUGUGGACCGGAGGUUUGGUGCUUCAACUUGAGCGUGCGCAGCGAGAGUUUCACGUGGAGACGCGCCGGCUCCGACAGCACUUCCACCAUGUCCCGGCCCACCAUGGCAGCCUUGGUUCUGGAGGACGGUUCGCGUUUCACAGGACGGAUUUUCGGAGCGGAUGUGUCGGUGUCGGGGGAAGUCGUGUUCCAGACCGGCAUGGUGGGCUACCCCGAGGCCCUGACCGACCCCUCGUACCGCUGCCAGCUGCUGACGCUCACCUACCCUCUGGUGGGCAACUAUGGCAUUCCUGCGGACGAGGACGGCGAGUUGGGACUCAGCAAGUGGUUCGAGUCGUCCAAGAUCCACGCCGCCGCUCUCAUCAUCGGAGAACUGUCGGAGAGUCCCAGUCACUGGAGCGCCGUCAAGUCUCUGGACCAGUGGCUGAAGGAGCAGGGCGUGCCCGGGUUACAGGGCGUCGACACUCGCCGCCUGACCAAGAAGAUCCGUGAGAAGGGAACCAUGCUGGGGAAGCUGGUGGUGGACGGCAUCCCCGAGAGCAGCGUCCCUUUUGACAACCCAGACCAGAAGAACCUGGUCCAGGAGGUGUCCAUGAAGGAGCCUCGUGUGUUCAACCCCAGUGGCAGGCUGAGGAUCACCGUGGUGGACUGCGGGAUCAAGUUCAACCAGAUCCGCUGCCUGGCAGAGCGAGGGGCGCGGGUCACGGUGGUGCCCUGGGACCACCCGCUGGACGUGACGGACUUCGACGGCCUGUUCAUCAGCAAUGGCCCCGGCGACCCGCAGCGCUGCCAGGCCACCAUCGACAACGUGAAGAAGGUGGUCUGCGUGGACCGACCCAAACCGGUCUUCGGGAUCUGCCUCGGCCACCAACUGCUGGCGCUGGUCAUCGGAGCCAAGACCUACAAGAUGAAGUACGGAAACCGCGGCCACAACCAGCCCUGCGUCCACCGGGGCACCGGCCGCUGCUACAUCACCAGUCAGAACCAUGGCUUUGCCGUCGACCCCGACACUCUGCCGCCGGACUGGGACGUCCUCUUCACCAACGCCAACGACCAGACCAACGAGGGGAUCGUGCACGAGCGCCACCCUCUGUUCAGUGUCCAGUUCCACCCUGAGCACAUGGCUGGGCCCACCGACUUGGUCAGUCUGUUCGACGUCUUCCUGGACACCGUUAGAGAGCACCGUGAGGGCGCCGCCGCCGCCAAGCCCGUGAAGCAGCGUCUGCUGGAGCACCUGGCCUACCCUGCGUCCCCGAAGCCCCAGGCCGUGACCCGGCCCAAGAAGGUUCUGAUCCUGGGCUCGGGAGGACUCUCCAUCGGACAGGCCGGGGAGUUCGACUACUCGGGGUCACAGGCCAUCAAAGCCCUGAAGGAGGAGAACGUCCAGACGGUGCUGAUCAACCCCAACAUCGCCACCGUCCAGACCUCCAAGGGCCUGGCAGACAAGGUCUACUUCCUGCCCAUCACGCCCGACUACGUCACGCAGGUGAUCAAGAACGAGCGGCCGGACGGCGUCCUGCUGACCUUCGGGGGUCAGACGGCCCUGAACUGCGGCGUGGAGCUGACCAAGCUGGGCGUCCUGGACAAGUACAACGUGAAGGUCCUGGGCACGCCGGUGGCUUCCAUCGAGAUGACGGAGGACCGGAAGAUCUUCGUGGAGAAAAUGGAGGAGAUCAACGAACACGUGGCUCCGAGCGAGGCGGCGCUGUCGGUGGAGCAGGCGCUGGCGGCGGCGGAGCGGCUGGGCUACCCGGUGCUGGUGCGCUCGGCCUUCGCGCUGGGAGGUCUGGGAUCCGGCUUCGCCAACAGCCGGGAGGAGCUGACCUCGCUGGUGACCUCGGCCUUCGCCCACACGUCCCAGGUGCUGGUGGACAAGUCUCUGAAAGGAUGGAAGGAGAUCGAGUACGAGGUGGUGCGGGAUGCCUACGACAACUGCGUCACGGUGUGCAACAUGGAGAACAUCGACCCUCUGGGCAUCCACACCGGGGAGUCCAUCGUCGUGGCCCCGAGCCAAACGCUGAACGACCACGAGUACAACAUGCUGAGGAACACGGCCAUCAAGGUCAUCCGCCAUCUUGGCAUCGUGGGAGAGUGCAACAUCCAGUACGCGCUCAACCCAGAGUCGGAGCAGUACUACAUCAUCGAGGUCAACGCCCGGCUGUCCCGGAGCUCGGCCCUGGCCAGCAAGGCCACUGGCUACCCGCUGGCAUACGUGGCGGCCAAACUGGGUCUGGGGAUCCCGCUGCCGGAGCUCAAGAACUCCGUCACCAACUCCACCACGGCCAACUUCGAGCCCAGUCUGGACUACUGUGUGGUGAAGGUGCCCCGCUGGGAUCUGAGCAAGUUCCUGCGCGUCUCCACGAAGAUCGGCAGCUCCAUGAAGAGCGUUGGUGAGGUGAUGGCCAUCGGCCGCAGCUUCGAGGAGGCCUUCCAGAAGGCUCUGAGGAUGGUGGACGAGAACUGCGUGGGAUUCGACCACACCAUCAAGCCCGUGUCGGAGAAGGAGCUGCAGACGCCGACCGACAAGCGGAUCUUCGUGUUGGCGUCGGCGCUGAGGGCCGGCUACACGGUGGACCAGCUGUACGACCUGACCAAGAUCGACCGCUGGUUCCUCCACAAGAUGAAGAACAUCGCCGACCACGAGCGCCUGCUGGAGACCUACAACCAGGACGAGAGCGCGAUGCCUCCGGACGUGAUGCGGAAAGCCAAGCAGCUCGGCUUCUCUGACAAGCAGAUCGCUCUGGCGGUGCAGAGCACGGAGCUGGCGGUGAGAAAGCUCCGCCGCGACUGGUCCAUCCUCCCGGUGGUCAAGCAGAUCGACACGGUGGCGGCGGAGUGGCCGGCCUUCACCAACUACCUGUACCUGACCUACCACGGCAGCGAGCACGACCUGGACUUCCGCGAGCCACACGUCAUGGUCAUCGGCUCGGGCGUCUACCGCAUCGGCAGCAGCGUGGAGUUCGACUGGUGCGCGGUGGGCUGCAUCACCGAGCUGCGCAAGAUGGGCUUCAGGACCAUCAUGGUGAACUACAACCCCGAGACAGUCAGCACCGACUACGACAUGUGUGACCGCCUCUACUUCGACGAGAUCUCCUUCGAGGUGGUGAUGGACAUCUACGAGAUGGAGAACCCGGAGGGGGUCAUCCUGUCCAUGGGGGGGCAGCUGCCCAACAACAUCGCCAUGUCGCUGCACCGCCAGCAGUGCCGCAUCCUGGGAACCUCGCCCGAGUUCAUCGACUGCGCCGAGAACCGCUUCAAGUUCUCCCGGAUGCUGGACACCAUCGGCAUCAGCCAGCCGCAGUGGAAGGAGCUGUCGGACAUGGAGUCGGCCGUCAAGUUCUGCGAGACGGUGGGUUACCCCUGCCUGGUCCGGCCCUCCUACGUCCUCAGUGGCGCCGCCAUGAACGUGGCCUACGGAGACGACGACCUGGAGAAGUUCCUCAACAACGCCGUCGCCGUGUCCAAAGAACAUCCGGUGGUCAUCUCAAAGUUCAUCCAGGAGGCCAAGGAGAUCGACGUGGAUGCGGUGGCGUGUGACGGCGUCGUGAUGGCCAUCGCCGUGUCGGAGCACGUGGAGAACGCCGGCGUGCACUCUGGCGACGCCACUCUGGUCACGCCGCCCCAGGACCUCAAUCAGAAAACCAUCGAGAGGAUCAAGAUGAUCGUCCACGCCAUCGGUCAGGAGCUGCAGGUCACCGGACCCUUCAACCUGCAGCUGAUCGCCAAGGACGACCAGCUGAAGGUCAUCGAGUGCAACGUGCGAGUCUCCCGCUCCUUCCCGUUCGUGUCCAAAACUCUGGGAGUGGACCUGGUGGCGCUGGCCACGCAGGUCAUCAUGGACGAGGAUGUGGAGCCGGUGGGGCUGAUGAGCGGGAAGGGCAUCGUGGGCGUGAAGGUGCCGCAGUUCUCCUUCUCCCGCCUGGCCGGCGCCGACGUGGUGCUCGGCGUGGAGAUGACCAGCACGGGCGAGGUGGCCUGCUUCGGGGAGAACCGCUACGAGGCAUACCUGAAGGCCAUGCUCUCCACUGGCUUCAAGAUCCCCAAGAAGAACAUCCUGCUGUCCAUCGGCAGCUACAAGAACAAGAGCGAGCUGCUGCCCACCGUGCAGGCGCUGGAGUCUCUGGGCUACGACCUGUACGCCAGCCUGGGCACCGCGGACUUCUACACCGAACACGGCGUCAAGGUCAAGGCGGUGGACUGGCCGUUCGAGGACGACGACAGCGAGGGUCCCACCAAGGAGAAGCAGCGCAGCAUCAUGGACUACCUGGAGGAGAACCACUUCGACCUGGUGGUGAACCUCUCCAUGAGGAACAGCGGGGGGCGCCGUCUCUCCUCCUUCGUCACCAAAGGCUACAGGACGCGGCGCAUGGCGGUGGACUACUCAGUUCCGCUCAUCAUCGACAUCAAGUGCACCAAGCUCUUCGUCCAGGCUCUACGGCAGGUGGGCAGAAGUCCCCCGGUGAAGACACACGUGGACAGCAUGACCUCGCAGACGCUGGUCCGGCUGCCCGGUCUGAUCGACGUGCACGUCCACCUGCGGGAGCCCGGCGCCACCCACAAGGAGGACUUCUCAUCGGGCACCGCUGCCGCCCUGGCGGGGGGCAUCACCAUGGUGUGUGCCAUGCCCAACACCGCGCCCGCCGUGGUGGACCCCAGCUCGCUGGCUCUGGUGCAGAAGCUGGCUAAAGCGGGCUGCCGCUGCGACUACGCCCUGUACCUGGGAGCGGCGUCGGAGAACGCCGGCGUGCUGCCCAGCAUCGCCGCCCAGGCUGCCGGCCUGAAGAUGUACCUGAACGACACCUACUCCACGCUGAAGAUGGACAACGUGUCGCUGUGGAUGCAGCACUUCGAGAUGUGGCCCAAGCACAUGCCCAUCGCAGCGCACGCCGAGAAGCAGACGGUGGCCGCCAUCCUGAUGGUGGCGCAGCUGUACCAGCGGCCCGUCCACAUCUGCCACGUGGCCAGGAAGGAGGAGAUCCUGAUCAUCCGAGCCGCCAAGCAAAAGGGCAUCCAGGUCACGUGUGAGGUGGCGCCGCAUCACCUCUUCCUGUGCGAGGACAACGUGCCGCAGAUCGGCGGCGGGCGCGCCGAGGUGCGGCCCAUGCUGGGCACCCGCGAGGACAUGGAGGCGCUCUGGGAGAACCUGGACAUCAUCGACUGCUUCGCCACAGACCACGCGCCCCACUCAGUGGAGGAGAAGAACGGCAAGACCCCGCCCCCUGGUUACCCGGGGCUGGAGACCAUGCUGCCGCUGCUGCUCACCGCCGUCAGCGACGGACGUCUGACCCUGGACGACAUCAUCAAGCGUCUCCACGACAACCCUCGCCGCAUCUUCAACCUGCCGCUGCAGGAGAACACCUACGUGGAGGUGGACCUGGAGCAGGAGUGGACCAUCCCACAGGCCAUGCAGUUCACCAAGUCCAAGUGGACUCCGUUCCAGGGUCUGAGGGUGAAGGGCAAGGUGCGGCGCGUGGUCCUGCGAGGAGAGGUGGCUUACAUCGACGGACAGGUCCUGGUGGCCCCUGGUUACGGUGAGGAUGUGAAGACGUGGUCCGCCGGCGCGGCCCUCCCCGACCCCCCGAUGACCCCCGAGCAGGCCCGGCCCACCCCCCCACGGGAGGGUUUGGUGAGGACCCGGGCACCCAGCCCCCGCCGCUCCGCAGACGCCCGCUACCUGCAGCCGCCCCGCGUGCACCGCUCCUCCGACCCGGGACUCCCGCCAGACCUGCUGGCCCUGCCCCCCUCUGGAGCGGCGCCUGCUGCUGGAGACGGCUACGCCCACCCCCCUCCCCUGUCCCGGCUGCUGUCCCCACAGGCCGGACCGGGUCAGGCGCUGCCGGGUCAGCUGUCUCACCUCCAGGUGUCGCCGCUGCUGCACCCGCUGGUGGGCCAGCACGUGCUGUCGGUGAGGCAGUUCAGCAAAGAACAGAUGUCGCACCUCUUCAACGUGGCUCACACUCUGCGCCUGAUGGUGCAGAAGGAGCGAAGCCUGGACGUCCUGAAGGGGAAGGUGAUGGCGUCCAUGUUCUACGAGGUCAGCACUCGCACCAGCAGCUCCUUCGCCGCAGCCAUGCAGCGCCUGGGCGGCUCGGUUGUCCACUUCAGCGAGUCCACGUCCUCCAGCCAGAAGGGCGAGUCCCUGGCCGACUCGGUCCAGACCAUGAGCUGCUACGCUGACGUGCUGGUGCUGCGGCACCCGACACCCGGUGCCGUUGAGACGGCGUCCCGUCACUGCCGCAAGCCGGUGAUCAACGCUGGGGAUGGUGUGGGCGAACACCCCACGCAGGCGCUGCUGGACGUCUUCACCAUCCGCGAGGAGCUUGGCACGGUCAAUGGCAUGACGAUCACCAUGGUGGGAGACCUGAAGCACGGACGCACAGUCCACUCGCUGGCCAAGCUGCUGACUCAGUACCGCAUCACGCUCCGAUACGUGGCGCCCAGGAACCUGCACAUGCCCAGUGAGAUCAUCAACUUCGUGGCCUCCAAGGGCAUCAAACAGGAGGAGUUCGAGAGCAUCGAGGAGGCGCUGCCCGACACCGACGUCCUCUACAUGACCCGCAUCCAGAAGGAGAGGUUCUCCUCUGAGGAGGAGUACAAGUCUUGUUUUGGGCAGUUCAUCCUCACGCCGCACAUCAUGACCGGCGCCAAGAAGAAGAUGGUGGUGAUGCACCCGCUGCCCCGUGUCAACGAGAUCAGCGCCGAGGUGGACACGGACCCGCGGGCCGCCUACUUCCGGCAGGCGGAGAAUGGCAUGUACAUCCGCAUGGCUCUGCUGGCCACCGUCCUGGGCCGGUAGACCAGGGAGGACCUUCUGCGCGUCACGUCCGCAGUGUCAAAGGGACCAAACAGGAGGAUUUAGAAGCUGCUGUCACAAAGGGAUCUGACGAGAAAUAAAGGAACUCAUUUUGCAACUCUUGUUUUCAUGACUCCAGAUGAGCAAGCGGUGACAUGAUCUGCAGUGACACGUAGUUGAAUGACUCGUUCAAGUGUAUCCUAGUCAGGACCUCAAGUUUCCUCCCGA